AUGCUGGAGAGCGACGGAGAAGGCUCGCAGCGGCUUGCCUUGCUUGCCAACACAUUAGAACAUUCCAGGCCCAUGUUGGGCAAUCUAAUACCACAUGCACGGAGUGGCUCGCAAGCUCAAGAAAUCGUGUCGCAGAUUGAGAUGCGGAAUCUAACACCAAACGUGGGAAUGCUGUCGUGUGGCGAGGCCGGUGGUGGGCCGAGGCUGACGAAGCGCUACGUGGGACUGUACACGGGCCCGUACUUUGACCCCACGGCUCCGAACAACAUCACCACGCAACUCGGCACGCAUGCUUACCUGCCGUGCAAGGUUCGACAACUAAGUAACAAGUCAGUGUCUUGGAUACGUCGUCGCGAUGCACACAUCCUCACAGUGGACAGAUUUACAUUUAUAGCUGACGAGCGCUUCCAAGCUUUCCUUGUCGAGGCCACGGACACCUGGACUCUACAGGUGAAGUACGUGCAGGCUCGAGACGCCGGCCUGUACGAGUGCCAGGUGGGCACCGAGCCCAAAAUGAGCCAUUUCGUGCAGCUCAAUGUCGUCGUGCCAAAGAUCGAGAUAGUUGGCGAGUCGGAGUUGUACGUGAAGGCCGGGACGACGGUGAGCCUCAAGUGCGUGAUCACUCAGGCGCUCGAGGAGCCCGCCUACAUAUUCUGGUACCACAACGACGAGCGCGUCCUCAACUACGACAAGAGCCUUGUCGAGAUCCGAAUGGAGCGCGUUGCACCCGACACCACGGUGGGCAAUCUGAUAAUCUACAGUCCGCGGCGUGAAGACUCCGGCAACUACUCGUGUUCGCCAUCCAACUUGGACUCGGCGUCAGUGAUGUUGCAUGUGCUCAGCGGCGAGCAGCCCGCGGCGAUGCAGCACGGCAACGGCGUCACGCGCGCCUCCCCCACGCUCGCGCCGCUGUUGGCGUUGUCCUCGCUCGCCGCACGCGACACCUUGCUCAGACUACUGACGAUCGUGGCGUGCGCCCUCGUUUUUUUGCUGAUGUGUCACGACGAGGACGAGGGCAAAUAG